GAAUUAUCUCUGAAUUUUCACCUGGCACUGCCACAGGGAGGCUGAGAACUUUCUUCCAGUGCAUUUAAGCCCACAGGGCGGGGGAAUGCAGGUGUAAAGGUCAGUGGUGCAAGAGCUGUGGCGAGCUGCCUGGACUUCAGCCUUCCCUUCCAAUCCACAGCCAGAGAAACUCAAGGGAAAUUCGGAGGGCAGAGCGGCGAAGGCGCAGCGCUGUCCUGCAAGCAGCUCUCACACCAGCCUGUCACCUGCUGCAGGCCAGCAUGGUCCGGCGUGUGGCCGUGGUCGGGGCUGGGGCUGGGGGCUUGGCCUCUGUCAAGUGCUGCCUGGAUGAGGGGCUGGAGCCCACCUGCUUCGAGAGCAGCGCGGACAUCGGCGGCGUCUGGCGCUACACGGACUCCACAGACAACAGGAGGAUCACUGUGUACCGCUCGGUCAUCACCAACACCUCCAAGGAGAUGUCCUGCUUCAGCGACUUCCCCUUCCCCGAGGAUUUUCCCAACUACCUGCCCCACAGCCUGGUCCUGGAAUACCUCAGGAUGUACGCCCGGCACUUCGACCUCCUGCGGCACGUCCGCCUCCAGACAACAGUUGUCAGUGUGAGGAAGCGCCCGGAUUUCAGCGCCUCAGGCCAGUGGGAGGUGGUCACCGAGACCCAGGGUGUCCGUGAGUCCCACGUCUUCGAUGCUGUCAUGGUUUGCACUGGCCACUACCAGGAGCCCUACUUGCCAUUGGCUUCUUUCCCAGGCAUUGAAAGCCGCUUCAAAGGCCAGUGCCUGCACAGCUGGGAGUACAGAGAUGUGCAGGCUUUCCGAGGGAAGCGCGUCCUGGUGGUUGGCAUCGGCAACACCGGCGGUGACCUCUCCGUGGAGCUGAGCCAUGUGGCUGCCAAGGUGUUCCUCAGCACCAGGAGCCACACGUGGGUCGUCAGCCGGGUCUCACACCAUGGCUUCCCCUUGGACAUGGUCAGCACCACCCGCUUCAACUCCCUCCUGGACUGGCUUCUCCCAUCAGCCCUCACAAGGAGGAUCAAGUUUCGGAAGUUCAAUUCAUGGUUCAACCACACAAACUAUGGCUUGGCUUCCAGCAAGAGCUCCAAGUUUAAGAUGAUUAUCAAUGAAGAGCUGCCGUUCUGCCUCCUCUCUGGGACUGUGGUGCUGAAGCCAAACGUGAAGGAGUUCACUGAAAGCUCUGCUGUUUUCGAAGACGGGACAACUGAAGAAAACAUUGACGUGGUGCUCUUUGCCACGGGCUACAACUUUUCCUUCCCCUUCCUCGAGGAGUCCGUUCGCGGCGCCAUCGACGACAACCGUUCCCUCUACAACUGCGUCUUCCCUCCCCAGCUGGAAAAGCCCACGCUGGCCAUCAUUGGCCUGAUCCAGCUGACAGGCUCCAUCAUGGUGGGGUCAGAAAUGCAGGCUCGCUGGGUGACAGGGGUCUUUGCAGGCUGGAACAAGCUGCCUCCCCCCAGCAGGAUGAUGGCUGAGGUUUUGAAGAGGAAGCCACCAGUCAAAAGGAAUCCGCGUGAGAGGGAGAACCUGAAGAUGAGUUUCAUCAGCUACGUGGACAAGAUCGCCGCGUGCGCUGGCGUCAAGCCCAGCGUGCUGAGGCUGCUGCUGACAGACCCCCGGCUGGGCCUGGCCAUCUUUUUUGGGCCCUGCUCCCCGUACCAGUACCGGCUGGCGGGCCGGGGCAGCUGGAGCGGGGCCAGGGCCGCCGUGCUCACCCAGUGGCAGCGCUCCCUGAAGCCGCUGAGGACGCGGCCGCUGCGGGACGGCUCCGGCGGCUCCUGGGGCUGGGGCUGGAUGUGCCUCCUGGCUCUGCCAGCUGCUCUCACGGCAGCUUGGCUCUUCUCCAGGCACCCCCGGCCGGGCUGGAGCCCCCGCGCAGCGCCCCGGCUGUAGGAGGAACCCAGAGAGGUGAUGUGGGGAUGGAGCGAGGCUGUGCCGGGUGAUGCCAGAGGGCUGGAGCUGGCACCAGCCUGGGGCUGAGUGUGCCCGGCCACCUCCUGCUGAUGUUCCACCAGGGUGACACAGGGAGUUCACCAUUCUGAACUGCUGAGCAUGAGGCCAGCCUUCCUGCCCCCGCUCCCGAAAUUUGGGCAAGACCCACACCUCCCUGAGAUUUUGUGAAACGUGAACUGUCGAGAGCUACUGCUGUGUCUGGUGAUUUUGGGACAGGAAGGAGGGAGCCACAAAUAAACCUCACAGAUCUGCUCUUUGCUGGUGGCUUUAUUAAUGGUUUAUUAUCAGGGUGUGUGAAGAGGAUCCCGAGCUGUGGCAGAGGGAGACUCUUGCCCUUGUAUAUGUAUAAUCCAUCCAUUGUAUGGAUAGAAAUAU